CGCAAGACGAAAAGAAUGAAUCACAUUGCGACAUCGCGACACAAUCUGCGAAUUUAGGAAGACUAAAACACUGGAUUUGAACAGUGGUCAUUUAUUGCAAUUACCAUGGGGAAGAAGCAAGGUACCUCGAGUUUAGGAAAAGGUAUCUUAAAAGACAGAUCAAAGAGUUCUAAAUCAUGCAAAGUCAACGAUUCUUGGCUUCACACAAGUGAACUGGAAGAUGGAUACGAUUGGAACAGGAUCAACCUGCGAUCCGUCACUGAGCAGAGUAACCUGGAAGAUUUCUUGGAGACUGCAGAGCUAGCUGGAACAGAAUUCACUGCAGAAAGGUUGAAUGUGAAGGUGAUUGAUCCCGGCCAGUACACAGGUCUACCAUCAGCAAGGGAGAGCAUUGAAAUCACCAAAGCCCAAAAAGAAAACAUUUCAUUUCUGCAGAUACCUAGGAGACCAAAAUGGGAUUCCACAACCUCCGCAGAGCAACUCAACCAGAUGGAGAAAGAUGCCUUCUUGGAGUGGAGGAGAUCAUUCUCCAUACUUCAAGAAAAGGAUCACAUUGUCCUCACACCAUUUGAAAGAAAUCUUGAUUUUUGGAGGCAGCUUUGGAGAGUGAUAGAGAGGAGUGAUGUCAUUGUUCAGAUCGUAGAUGCCAGGAAUCCCCUCCUGUUCCGCUGCUUGGAUCUGGAGAAAUAUGUCAAAGAAGUGAGCAGCAAUAAGGAGAAUAUCGUCUUGAUCAGCAAAGCUGACCUGUUGACCCAGGCACAGAGAGAGAAAUGGGCCGAGUAUUUUGCCAAACAGAGUAUCCGAGUAGCCUUCUGGUCAGCUGUCACAGAGGCAGAGAGGUUAGAAGAGAAGGAAGCUAGAGAGCGUGAAGCAGCAAUGGAAGGUUGUGAAGAUGAUGAUGACUCUGAUGAUGACUCUGAGGAAGAAGAUGAUGAAGAUUGUGAAGAUGAAGUAUCACAAAGGCUUGCCCUAAAUGCUGGUCUCCCCAGUAGCAUGGAAGGAAUGGUCGUAUCAAGUGAAGAACAAUCAAACACACAAACAAGCCAGUCAGGUGACUCCAGAGCAAAUGAAGAAGAUGAAUCAGAUGUUAGGAAAGAGGAAGAUGCUGUAUGCAGUGAAACAAGCGAGAUGUCUUCAAGUCUAAGAAUGGAGGAGUCGGGCAUGGAUGUUGCAUCUUCAAGAUGUAUUCAUGACGACCAGAUGGAGGAGGAUGAGGUUGAUGAGUCAAGGACAAUGCAUGCUGCAUCAUCAGGAGCAGGAGAUGGUCUAGAAGCAUCAUGUGCACCAUCUUCACAGGAUGGAGAGGUCCAUAAUACAUCACACCUGCUGAAUGGGGAGGAGCUACUAGCCUUCUUGAGAGAGGUUCAUCAUGGAAGGUCAAAGGUCAUUGAUGACAUUCUGACCGUUGGCAUGGUUGGAUACCCUAAUGUAGGUAAGAGUUCUACCAUCAAUGCUCUACUCAGAGAAAAGAAGGUACCAGUCUCAGCUACUCCAGGAAGAACAAAACACUUUCAAACUCUGUUCGUAGAGCCGACGUUGUGCCUAUGUGACUGUCCUGGACUGGUGAUGCCUUCUUUCGUCUCUACUAAGGCUGAUAUGUACCUUAACGGCAUACUACCGAUAGAUCAGAUGAGAGACUACAAUCCACCAGUCUCUCUCAUGUGCCAGCGAGUGUCGAGGGAGGUUCUAGAGCUAACGUACGGGAUGAACCUGAUUAAACCAGGAGAAGGAGAGGAUCCAGACAGACCACCAACUGCUCUAGAGUUCCUCAAUGCUCAUGCCUAUGUGCGUGGGUACAUGACACAGAAAGGAGUGCCAGACAGCUUCAGAUCUGCCAGGAUCGUCUUGAAGGACUACGUCAAAGGCAAGGUUUUAUACAGCAUUCCUCCCCCGGAUUUGAGCCCUGAAGAGUUUGGUUCAAUGCACUUUCCAUCAAUGGAGGUCGGUGAGGUCAAAGCAGGGUCACGACCUAAGAAGUCGGCCAACAAACCUAUGAUCACUGCAGAAGGACAAACCGUCAAGAGAUCUGCUUCCAAGAAAGUGGACGACAGCUUCUUUUCCAAGCCUAGCGUUGCACACACCAAGGCGAUGCCCCCUAGGGCGGCCAUGGUUGGGGAUGCGGCUGCAGCCGUGGCUGGGGUCAGAUACUUGGGGAAACCUUGGAAGAAGCAGAAGAGAGGCAAGAAAGAGAAACUGAGGAAGGUGUACGGCCAUCUAGAUGAGAAAUAAAUUACAAACAGGUCGGACUUGAUAAGAAAUAGAAUUCAUGGAUAUUUGCCCGAAAGUGUUAUCAUUAUUAAGUAUAUGGCGCCACCUAUGCCUGGGAGGCAAAAUACGAAACUGAAUCGCCGUAACCCUCUGGUCUCUCCUCCCGUUAUAACUGAUUGGGGGUGCAGGUGGACCACUACACCAGGUUUCCCCCUAACUCUUAUACAAAUAAAGCAGUAGGUUUUUAACACGUAAAGGUGGUGAUUCUCCUCCAUGAGACCUGUAUUCAACAUCCUAUCUGAGGGGCAGUGUCUACACUGUGAUUCUUUUUUAAUUCUCAAAUGAAUGUUUAUCAUUAUCAGCUGGAAUGGACAUGUGACUUUAGGGAUAUUUUAACUUUAAGUUUAUCAUGAAAUUGUAAUCAAAAACAUAUUACAUUGUAGUUAUAUUGUACAUUUCAAACCAUGCAACACAUAAAUUACAAUAUGUAUUAUAUGUAUCCUUUUAUCUGUCUUUUGAUUACAAAUUUGGGGUUUAAAUAAGAUAGAUCGAAUUGUUCUGUUCAAUCUACAUUCAAUCUGUUGUAAGUCUCUCCUGUGUGACACUGAAACCAGAGACAAAAUAAUUGCUUUAAAUACGUCUGCAUCGUAACUUGAAUGGAUGCAAAUCAUAUUGUACAUUUACAAACAGAUUUGGUUUUAUGAUGCCUCAUUAAAUACCAACUCGUAAUUCAAAACGAAGUAUAAGGAAAAUGAUAAUAGAUGAUUAUACUCCAGUGUACAGUCUAACAAUUAACUUUUCUUUGUACAACGUGAUGCCUUCCUGCACCAAUGUAUGUUUUCCUCUGUUUACUCUGUCUUCUUUAAAUUGGCAACAACUAUAUACAUUUUUUGCUUGCAUUGUUCAAAUAUAAUACCAAGACUCAGGCAACAGUAUGCAUUGUUUUGAGCUAUGUUGAAAAGUUUUAAUAACAAGAAUUUUCUUUUAAAAAAUCACUUACUUUACAGUCUUUUGCCAAUUUUAAGAAUUUAAAGCUUAUUUUCCUUUUAAAAAUACCUGGCAUCAAAUACAAUGUAGCCAUGCAAGUAAAUGGAUACAAUAUGUGCAGUAUUGUGUGCCCUUUCUUUUUAUGUAUCUGGGGGGUGUUUCACAAAGAUCCUAAGUAGAACUUAACUCUAAGUUGGACUUAAAAAUUAUGGAAAGCCAUUAGCAUCUUUGAAAUAUUUGGUAAAAAUAUUUUUGAAAGGCAUAAAAUGUUUAUUCAAAUCAUUCAUAUUUUCUAUCAUUAAGGAGAUUUCAUAUUCUUGUUGUGGAAUUUAAUUUUUUUUAUAUUACUUGAAUUUCUGCUUUUGAGUAUAUUUCAUUUUAAGGCUCCAAUGGCUGUCCAUAAUUUUUAAGUCAAACUUAGUGUUAAGUUCUACUUAGGAUCUUUGUGAAAUACCCCCCUGGUAUGCUAUUUAGGGCUCUGAAUCAAAGGUUAUUGAGCCAAACCACAAAAUAUGGAAUGCCUGUUUUGAAAGGGUUAUGUCCUGGGCCACGUUUCACAAAGCUUUCUUUCAAUGACAAAAAUCAGUGACAAAUCUGCUGAUAACCAAUCACUAGCAAGGAUGUCACUAGCUUAUGACAACAACUGUCAUUUGUCACUGAUGAAAAGUUUUGUGAAAUUGGGCCCUGAUGUAUGUUUGUUUUCCUAUGUUUACCCUGUUAUAGGGCAAGUCCAAAGUAUUUGGUCAUUUGGUGUCCCUUACAAACAUUAAUUACAAUUCAUUGUUUCAUUUUAAUUCAUUUGAAGCUCUUGUAGGGCUACCAGCUGAAUACAUUGAUGAGAUAUGUGUAUAUUAAUACAUUCAUGAGAUUUAUUGAAAUCUUAAAUGUAAUUUGUAACAUAUCUGACAAAAUAACUCGAGUACAAUGACUAUCAAGCAUUUUACUAUAUACAAUUAGCAACACCAUCAAUCAUUGAUUAAAUAUAGUGAAAUUACCUAAAAUCCUGAAAGAUAUUUUGAUGGAUAAUGUUUACUUAAACGUUCCUUUGUUCCAUUA